GUUCUCCACUGAAUGUACUUUUUGUAGAAAACAAAAAAUGUGGAACUGCUUACCUUUUUGACUCGCUCCCUGAGUAAGCAUUUCCCCGUAACUAUACAUAUCCAUACUCACACUCUGUCUUCAUCUCCUAUUGAAACUCCUCAAGAAAUUUCUCACAUAGCCAAAGCAGCCAAAGCCGUUCCCUUUUUCUGGGGUUAGAAGCGUCACCGAAAUUGUGAAAAGGAUUUCCUUGAUUUUCAUGGCAUUUCAGGACUACUUUUCCCAGGAGUUGAAAACCAUCCCAAAUGCUGUGGCUGAGACAGAAAAUUCCAAUGGUUGUUUUGAUUGCAAUAUCUGCUUAGACUUUGCACAUGAACCGGUAGUGACCCUAUGUGGGCAUCUUUACUGUUGGCCCUGCAUCUACAAGUGGCUCCAUGUUCAAAGUGAUUCUCUAGGACCUGAUGAACACCCUCAAUGCCCUGUUUGCAAGGCUAACAUAUCCCAUAGCACAAUGGUUCCACUAUAUGGCCGUGGCCAGGCCACAGCUGAAGGGAAAACAUCCUGUUGUGAUAUCUUUGUUCCACCAAGACCACCUGCAUCAAGUGCUCAAGCUCUAUUGGCAACAUCAUCUCAAGAUGGUCAACAACUUCAAUAUCGAAAUCCUUAUCAGGGUCAAUAUUUCAGCUCAUACCAAGAUGAGAAUGCCACUUCACAAAUGCUCAAUCUUGGUGCCACCGUGAGUCCAGGAUCCCACCACCACCCUGUGGCUGGGAUGUUUGGAGAGAUGGUUUAUGCUCGCGUGUUUGGCAACCCAGAAAAUUUGUAUGCAUACCCGAAUUCUUAUCAGCUGAUGGGAGGUAAUAGCCCGAGAUUGAGAAGGCAAGAGAUGCAGGCAGACAAAUGUUUGAACAGAAUUUCUUUUUUUCUCUUUUGCUGCUUUCUUCUUUGUCUUAUUGUCUUCUAAUUGAGCAGUUGAGAUUAUUUUCUAUCUCUCUUUCUCUCUAUAGUAUACCCUGUAAAGAAGCAUGAAUGCAAACUUGAUAGAUUGAGCGAAUUAUCACUGGCUGAAGACCUUUUGUUCUUCUACUAGUACACAAUAUUAGACUUAGUCCAAUGUGAGUACUUGUACCAUAUAAGCUUGAUUGGAAGAGAUUAUGGAAAACUUCUGACUUUUAUUGU